UUUUAUUAUUAUUAUACUUUAGGUUUUAGGGUACAUGUGCACAAUGUGCAGGUUUGUUACAUAUGUAUCCAUGUGCCAUGUUGAUUUCCUGCACCCAUUAACUCGUCAUUUAGCAUUAGGUAUAUCUCCUAAUGCUGUCCCUCCCCCCUCCCCCAACCCCGCAACAGUCCCCGGAGUGUGAUGUUCCCCUUCCUGUGUCCAUGAGUUCUCAUUGUUCAAUUCCCACCUAUGAGUGAGAAGAGGCGGUGUUUGGUUUUUUGUCCUUGUGAUAGUUUACUGAGAAUGAUGUUUUCCAGUUUCAUCCAUGUCCCUACAAAGGAUAUGAACUCAUCGUUUUUUAUGGCUGCAUAGUAUUCCAUGGUGUAUAUUGUAUGUAUUUUUUAAAAGGAAGAAGGAAUGGCAUCGUAUGUGUGGUAUGCUAUUUUUUGUGUUGAGAGAGAAGAGUAGAAUAAGAAUAUACAUGUGUAUUUGCAAAGAUAAAUUCUGAAAUGAUAUAUAAGAAACCAAUUAAAAGUGUUUGGCUGUGGAAGGAGAAUAAGACUGUGAAUGGGAUUUUGCCGCAUACUUUUAUAGGUAGUUACAUUUAAAAAUUUUCUGAACUAUAUAUUUGUACACAUGACCCUUUUAAAAAUAAGUGAAUGAAGGAAUGAAGUAGGAUUAUGAGAAAGAGAUAAGAGAAUCUAAGGGGCUGCCCAUCUAUUUAUUACCCAGUGAAUAUUGAUACAUAACAAUAGCAGCAAAAAUUGGAAGAGUAGCCCCAGGAGGGUGGGGAGUCAGCCUUUCCUUUGUCUUUUCCUCAAUUUCAUAUAUUAAAAAACAUAUAUUCUGAGAACAAUAAAACAAUUUGAAAUAAAAGUGUCUCCAGAUCUCUUAAAAGGAAGAUGGGGCAGCUUUAUGUAGUGCACUUCUGAAAAAUGGGCUGGUUUCCCUCAAGAGGCAGGGAUUCUAGCCUACAUGGGACACAUACGGGAGAAAAAAUAAGAAAAAGAAAAGAGAUUUAAAUAUAAAUAAAUGAAAAUAUCACUUCUCCCUGAUUACAAAGGAAAUCACAUUCUUUCUGUAAUAAUUUGGAUGACAAAUAUUAAGAAAAGUCUUUAAUUUGCCACCCAAAACAUUCUGGUUUGUUGCUUUUUAUACUUUUUUAUGCAUGUAAACAUUUUAAAAAGUGGAAUCAUACUAGAUAGUCUUUUGUCACUUACUAUAUUGGGGGCAUAUUUCUGUGGCAGUAAAUAUAUCCUGGCAUCAUCAUUUUUAAUAGCUGGAUGUAUAUUAAUUAUUGCCACCGCAGAGGUGAAUUUUCUUAUGUAUACAUUUUAAUGGACGCGUGCAAGCAUUUCUGGACUGAAUUCAUAGAAGUAGAAUUUCUGGAGCGUAAUAAUGUUUAGGGUCUUGAAUAGAAAUUUUCAAAUUAUCCUCCAGGGAAAGUGGCUCAGUUUACACUGUCACCAGCGGGGACAGAGCUCCAGGUUCCCCCUUCCAUGUGUCAUCUUUGCACCUUUAUACAGCAAAUGUCAUUGUUUUCAUGACAUUUCCUUGAUUUCUGGUGCUUUUGAAUCUUUUUUGUAUACCUAUUGGCCAUUUUUAUUUUUGUGAGAAGUGCCUGCUUCUCCAUUGCCUAUUUUCUGUUGAAAAUCGUUUGGUUUUUUUUUCUGAGUGAUGUUAAAGAUUUCUUUAUAGGCUAAGGAUACAAACCUUUUAUUUGUCAUUGAGUUUACUAAAACUUUCUCCCAGAAGUAAUUUGUCAUUUGAUUUUUUUUCUUCUUCCUUCCCUUCCCUUUCCUUUCCUUUAGUUUCUUUCCGUUCUUUUCCUUUCCUUUCUUUUUUCUUUCCUUCCUUUUUCCUCUUCUUUCUUUGCUUUCUUUCCUUUUCCUUCCUUUUUCCUUCUUCCUUUCCCUUCUUUUCCUUUUCCUUUUCCCCUUCCUUCCUUCCUUCUUUCUCCCUCCAAACUCCAAAGUCACAUUUCACUUAAUUUUUAUCCUGCCAAAUUGGAAAGCGUUUUAACUUAGCGAUUUUAGUGUAAACAGGAGCAGGAGAGAAUGUAAUUAUCUAGGUCUCACUCUGUCACCCAGGCUGGAGUGCAGUGCCAUAAUCAUAGCUACUGCAGUCUCAAAUUUUUCCCACCUCAGCCUGCCAAGUAGCUAGGACGACAGGUGUGUGCUACCACGCCCAGCUAUUUUUAAAAUUUUUUUGUGGAGAUGUGAAUUUGCAGUGCUUCCCAGGCUUGUCUUCAACUCCUGACUUCAAGUAAUCCUGCCACCUUGGCUUGUCAAAGGGCUGGGAUUCCAGGUGUGAACUACUGCUCCCGGCCGAGAGUUUAGUUUUCUUUGCUAGUGAUGUUCUUGGUAUCUUUUCAUAUUUGAGGCAUUGGUGCUAGUGCUGAAAUAUUACACUCACCAUCCAAGGCUUACAGGGCUUUUGUUUUAAUAUGGAACAGUUGGAACUGUUUAGUUCUGCAUCUUUGCAGGUAUACAAAAUGUGCCUACCAGGACACUGCUUUAUAUCCAUUGAAAGCAAGAAGUAAUACAGUAAAACUUUGCUGGGCUAGAGGCUUUGAUUGAAGGAAUGGAGUGUUCUGGUUGAAUUCUAUUAACUCGAAAGUAUGAAGGUGAGAAAAAUUCAGAACUUAAAUUUCCUUUAAAUGCAAUUUGAAAAUACAGCCAAUGAUUCCACUUUUCUUCUCUAGUAACCGUGGACAUUCUGAUCUACUUGGUGUUUUAUUAUAGAACUCCUAGUGUGCCUGAAACUUACAUUGUGAAGAUACUUUUUUAAAACUUUAGCUAAGAGGAUGUAAAUGGUUUUGUAUAAGGUCAGGCUGGAUGAGAACUAAUACUUGUAAAUAUACUUUUUAGACUAAACUUCUGACUGCCACUUGUUUUCUUAUUGAACUCAUAAAAACAUAACACAUUGGAUGGAGGGUAGGAGUAGGAAGGAGAGUUAAGUGUUUUAAUUGCAUGUCAUUGUUUCAUAUCGAGAUAGAACAUAUAGUAUCCCUGGCUUUGGACCUACCGAAGGAAAGACAUUUUUCUACCUGCUGUAUGCCAGAGGUUCCUGAGCACCUGGAGGGAUUACUGCAGCACAGAUUGCUGAGCCCUACUCCAGAGAUUCUGAUUCACCAGGUCCAGGGUAGGGCCUGAGAAUUUGCACUUACAGAAAGUUCUCAGGUGCUGCUGCUGCUGCUGCUGGUCCAGAGACUACAUUACUGAGAACCACUCUUGUCUACUAACUGUAAAUUGUAGAACUCUAAACAAAAGCUUAGUUUGGUCUGGGAUAAGAAGUGCACAUAGUUCAUGGAGCAAAUCAUGAAAGAUUCGACCCUUGAUCCCAGCCUCGUGUGAAAUUCAGGUAACAAGCAGUACACAGUGACACAACACAAUUCUUGCUUUUCAUGAUUGCAAGUCAUAGCCAAGUAUCAAGUGAGAAAUUCAGUUUCAUUUGCAAGGCUUAGAGAAGCCAAGUGAUUCUAGAAAAAUGGACCUUGUAUUUGUUUUAAAUUGGUAAAGAGCUUUGAGUGCUUAUUAAAUUGAAAGCUUUUAAAAUUUACUUUGUAUUUUAUUUCUUUUGAGAUGGAGUCUCGCUGUGUCACCCAGGCUGGAGUGCAGUGGCAUGAGUUUGGCUCACUGCAACCUCCAUCUCGUGGGUUCAAGUGAUUCUCCUGCCUCAGCCUCCCCAAUAGCUGGGAUUACAGGCACCCACCACCACGCCUGGCUAGUUUUUGUAUUUUUAGUAGAGAUGUGGUUUCACCAUGUAGGCCAGGCUGGUCUCGAACUCCUGACCUCAGGUGAUCCACCCGCCUCGGGCUCCCAAAGUGCUGGGAUUACAGGUGUGAGCCACCGCACCCAGCCCAAAAGCUUUGUGUUUUUACAGAUAUUAACCAUGUUUCCUGUUUAAAAAAAAACAACAACAAUAAUGUAGGAGAAUAAGAGAAACAUUUUUCCAAAAAAGCAUUUUGAUUAUUUUAUCUUAUUGGAAUGUUGGAUAAUAUAGUGUGCUUCAUUAAUCAUCAAGCACGUAUGGAUUUCCCACUUUUAUAGGAUCUGUAUCUCAGUUCAGGUAAUACUGGUAAUUUUUGUACUGUAUUUGAAGAUGAAAAGUAUAGGCCAAAAUCAUAGACCUUGCAUAGAAGCUGGUUAAUGAAGACAGCUCUGGAGGAACACAUAGAUACACACAGAGAGACAAACAUAUAUAUAUAUAUAUAUAUAAAGUAUACACACAUCUGUUUUUUAAAGUUUUAAAGCUUUUAAAGCAAAAGCCGGCCCCUCCCCUCUCUCAGAGUGGGUGGGGACAGCAGUUACAUGGGCAGCUUACUUGAUGAGCCACAGGUCCCUCUGGACACAGUUGCCUGGCCACGCCCCCUUUCCCUUUCAUCUUUCUCAUUGACCAAUGGGCUUGGAGCAUUAAGGCCAUGCCCCUAUUCUGCAUUCUACUGGUUCCCUGGUUACGGCUUCCUCUGGCUCAGUUACGCAGCUGCCUGCUAGGUGACUGGACGUGUUGAUCAGUGCUCGCUGGGAUUUUGCUGACGUGGCCCCAACCCCGCCUCCCUCCCCACCCCGCCUCCCUCCCCACCCCGCAAUGGCAGAAGAAACUCGACAGAGCAAAUUGGCUGCAGCCAAGAAAAAGUUUAAAGCAUAUUCGCGGAAAAACAGCCCUAGAGUUCCAACAGGAGCAAAGAGGAACAGGAAAACAAAUGGCAGUAUCCCUGAGGCAGCCACUUCUCGUGGUUGCCAGUCACCUGGGGAUUCAGCAACAGGUUUCCACGGGGAGGGCCCUACAUCAUCGGCUACCCUGAAGGAUCUGGAGAGCCCGUGCCAAGAACCGGCAGUAGUCCGGGAUUCAAGGUCCAUAAAAAUCAAUCUACUGAAGAACACCAUCAAAUCUUUGAAACAACAGAAGAAAGACCUGGAACAUCAGCUGGAAAAAGAAAAGAAAGAAAACAACAGGAGACACCAAGCCAAAAGGGGGCUAGAAGUUCAAAUCAAGAUAUUGAACACCGAGAAAAAGAAACUGCAUACGGACAUAUCCCACACAAAACGUUCUCUCAGAUACUUUGAAGAACAGUCCAAGGAUCUGGCAGGCCAGCUGCAAUGUUCAUUGCAGCGUAAAGAAGAAUUAGAGCGGGUUCUCCCUGCUGUCGCCGCCACACAGAAUAAGAAGCUGGAUGGGUUCUUGAGCCACAGUAGAGCACGUAUGGAGAGGAUGUUACAGCAGUCCCUACAGGACCAGGCACUGCUCAAGGCACAGCUGACACAGUUGAAGGAGACAUUUAAACAAGGCCUAUCAGAGCGAGACGAAUAUGCUCAGUGUCUAAAAGGAGAGAAGGCCCGGUGGCAGCAGAGGAUGACACAAAUGUCGCAGGAAGUAGACAAAUUGAAGAAGGAAAAUAAUCAUUAUAUGCAGUGGGUAGAGGAGCUGGAGAGGCUAUCCGAACUGCAAAAACAGACGGCUGAACCCCUGCCCCCGGAGCUCCCAGCAGUGCCCUCUGAGGUGGAGCUGCAGCACCUGAGGAAGGAACUCGAGAGAGUGGCAGGAGAGCUCCAGGCCCAGGUCGAAAAGAAUCAGCGCAUAAGUUUCCUCAACCGGGUCCAAGAAGAGAGGCUUCAGAAGCAGGAGGAGAGGCUUCAGGAACAGCAGGAGAGGCUUCAGCAGCUGGCCAAGCCACAGAGCGUCUUCGAGGAGCUGAACAAUGAGAACAAGAGCACCCUGUGUUUGGAGCAGCAAGUAAAGGAGCUACAGGAGAAGCUGGACGAGGAGCUCCUGGAAGCUGCCAGCAAGCAGAACCAGCAGCUAACAACCCAGUUGGGCCUCAUGGUUCUACCUGGAGAAGGAGAUGGAGGAGAACCUCGGCCCAUGCCGAGCGUCCCAGAGGACCUGGAGAGCGGGGAGGCCACGAUCAGCUUUAUGGACCACUUGGAGGAGAAGGCAGACCUGAGUGAGCUGGUGAAGAAACAAGAAAUACGAUUCACCCAGUACUGGCGAGAGAGAUGCCAUCAGAAAACCCAUCACCUUUUAACAGAGCCAGGGUGCCAUGCCAAAGAUGCAGCACUGGGAGGAGGAGAUCAUGAGGCUGGCCCAGGACAGGAAGGAGAUGAAGGUGAAGCUGCUGGAGCUGCAGCAGAUGGUAUCGGGGCCUGUGGCAACUACAACAAUGGGCACAGAAAAUUCCUGGCCGCUGCCCAGAACCCUGCUGAUGAGCCCGGUCCAGGAGCCCCAGCCCCCCAGGAGCUUGGGGCUGCAGACAAGCAUGGUGAUCUUUGUGAGGUGAGCCUCACCACCUCUGCGCAAGGAGAGGCCAGGGAGGGUCCUACCUGUGACAACCCUACUGCACAGCCGAUCGUGCGGGACCACCAGGAGCACCCAGGCUUGGGCAGCAUUGGCUGUCUUCCAUUCUUUUGCUGGGCGUGGCUGCCGAGAAGAAGGAGAUAAACAUCAUCAUCAUCAAAGAGCUGGCCAAGAAAUUUUUAAAUAAGAAACCAAGUUACGGGGUUAAUCUCCCACACAAUUCAUUUCGUUCAUUUGAAUGUUAGAGCCACUCAUGAUUAUUUGUGUUUCUAAUUUAUAGUUUAAGUUUAUUUGUAAAAAGUUAAAAGAGAGUGGGUCUCUGUGGCUUUCACUGAUGUUCACUCUGGCAUCCUUUAGUAUUUUUCUUUUUUAAUUUCAUAAUUGUAGGUCAUUAGCAUGCAUAUCGAGUUUGCCCUUAUGUGUUGGGAGUUCAAACACGCAAAGACUCACUCUUUGCAAAAAAUUCUUCUCGUUGGUUUGGAAUAGGCUGCCAUGCUUUUGUAAUGUCAUUGCAACAUGUAUAUUCAUUACAGAAUUCAGAUAAAAUUUGCCUAUGUUCUGCUAGUGUUUGAUCUAAUCUUAAUCACAGUGAGCUCUUCAUUAGCUCAAUAUGUGGUUUGCCCCCAAGUGUGCACUGUUUAUUACUUUGUAAUAUGCCACUAUGAGUACUGACAUUUAGAGUUGUUCAAAGGCCGAGAACUGGAAACAGCCUUUCCUCCAUUUUCUGUGUAUUGGUGAUGGGAGUGUCAUAACCUUUUGGGGGAGCUUUUUAAAUCUCACAGAAGAGUAAAGUGGCCUGCUCUGGCAGGUAUGUGCAGGAUAGAGUGUGUUUCAUCUGUCCCGGUGCCAAGAAUUAGCGCUGUAUUAUGGUGGUUCCCUUAGGAUUUGUAUGUGCUCUGGGCUCAUGAAGAUACUGCAUCAUGAGCUGCAGCAGUUGUACUCUUUUUCGAAGACCUAAAAAGGGAUGAUUUCUGAGGAAUGAAAGGCUCCCAUCAUUGACUGUGGAUGUGGAAAACCUUUCCUAGCUUAGAGCAUUUGUAUCUAUAAUACGUUUUAAAGUCAGAGUUCAUGUUACCUGUUUUAAUCACAUGACUACAUGCCUCAGUACACAAAAGGGCACUGGUUGGCAUUCUUCUUAAUGUAUUUAGUGAAGAUCAUAAGAAAUCCUUUACGAGUUCAAAUGUCCCUGGAACAGGCAUACAGGCUCUAGCCAAGAAUGAAUUAGAGUGAAGGAAAGCUGUGUGACGCCUGGCAUUCCUCUCUGUUCACGGAGCUUCUUUCAGGCUUGAAGACUGAUUUUACCAUCUAGACCUCUCUGGCUAAUACCUAUUCUUCAACCACCUUGGUUACUCUGACAUAGGAAUUUAUUUCUUUUUGAAUGGAAAACACUUUAAAAAAUAAUAAGAAACAUUAUUAUAAACUAAUACGUGUGAGAGUACUUAGUUGAAACAAAAAGGAAUUUUAGUAGACAGUAUUAUACUAUCUUUGAAAAUCAAGGAGGUUUAUGAAACUUAAAAUGUUUACAAACUGCAGUGCAAUCUACUGUUUGUGAAUGUCCAUGUAUUAUCAGGAAACGUGUCUAUACAAUCACACAGUUAUAUUUUCUUACAAACUUGUUUACAAAGAGUGAAAUAUGUUUCUGUACCUCUCGGUUUCAGUUAGGGACAUGUUUUGUGCAAUAUUUAUGUGAGUGUGCCUAUGCGUGAUGAAUGAAUGCAUUUCAGUCACAUAUUGCCUAAAUCAUAACUUGAUGAUGCUUGGGAAAGACUCAACAGUUCAAACUUCAUGAAGUUCUAAUGUCUGUGUUCCAGAACACAUCACAUUAUUAGGACGUAGGGAGAUAUGUAUGUGUGCUCCCUGGGGUGGGGAUUUCUAGUUACUAGACCAUCUCCAGAUUUAGCAUUUGGCAUCCUCCUGACACUUCUAUGACAUUAACAGGAGAGCAACAAUAUGAUUUAACCAAUGGAAUAACAGAUUUGCCGGCAUUCACUGAACGAGGGCAAAUAUUCGGUCCUUGUGACUUCAACUGACUCUUCCAAAUUUUAUGAAUGUAUCAAUGUAUUAGAUAAACCCAGUUUCAGAAUGAUAAAGAAAAAAUGUUAGACCAAAUAAUGCGGCUAAUUAAGAGUGGAACAAUUUCUAGCCCGUGGGUUUAAAAUGCACUUAAAGUCCUGUUCUUGCCUUUUAUUUUCUGAACUUGCCGCUUUUGCAUUCUUUGAGUUCAGUUUAAAGACAGUUACUUUAAGAGCAUUUUAAACCCUCGGGCUAGAAAUCGGACCACUGUUAAUUAGCCACAUUAUUUGGUCUAACGUUUUUUCUUUUAUCAUUCUGAAACUGGGUUUAUCUAAUACAUUGAUAAAUUAUUUCAAAGGUACUUUUAUCUUUGAAAUCACUUCACUUUUACCAUGAUAAAUAUCAGUGACUAGGAAUGACCUUCAGAUAGCUUUUAGCAUCUGUAACCAAUCUGACAAUAAUGUGUUCAUCAGGUGCCUAUGGAUUAAAUCACACACUGGCAUAUUUAAGCUGAAGGUCAGUCUGGAAAAUAAAUUUACUAUAUUGACUGAAAUAGCACUCUUUGUAUAGGUAUUUGUCAUAUAUUUAAGAAAAAGCUAAAAAGAAUGGAAAUUGUAUGAGAAUAACUUAAGUCUUUCUUCAAAGUGCAUGCCGUCUUUUGCGAUACCUCAUUCAGCUGAGUAUUUGCUCUUCCUCAUUCAGUGUAAGGCAGCUCUCAGUUUGCUUCGAAGGCAACAUUGGAUGGUUAGAGUUCAUCAGAAACAUAGAAUUUUAAAAUGUGAGUUGCACUGAAUACAUUUUAAUUUCUGUAGGAAAAUCAAAACACCUAUUUAAAGACUGAAGUAUGUAAUAAUUAUUUUAAAAGUAUUUGAUUAAACCUGAUAGAUUUUCCAGAAAUGAAAAAAUAUCAGUUCUAAACCCAAAGCUGAAUUUUAGAAAAUUUGAAAAUGUAAAUCAGUCCUAUCCAUAAUAUAGUUUCUCUAAAACUUUAUCUUGAAGAGUUAUUUUAAAAUAAUAUAACUAUUUAAAAAUGUAACUGCUAUCUUAAUGUUCUGAAAUAAGUUAAAACAUUUUAAAAUAUGAAUACUGUAGUACAAGAGAAAGAAACGGUGGGAAGGAAAAGCAGAGAAAGAAAUGCCAAUUCCAGUCCAAAGCUUUAUUUGCCAAGUUUUCUUAGAAUGAAUUUUACUAAUUUAUGAAUUCUUGUAAACAGAAUGUGCAAUGGAAAUACUGAAAGAUUUUUUUCCCUAGAGUGGCAUUAUUGACUGCUGGUGUGAUGCUACUGUAAUGUAAUAAAUUAUUAAAUUGUUUCAAAGUGUUGUUUUUGCCUUAAAAUUUUAUUUUGUGUUUCCUGAAAACUAUAGUAUUAAAGGUAUUGAUACUGUGCAAAUGCUGGGCAUACUUGCCAUGAGAUAAUGUGUUUCAUUUUUACAAAAUUGUAAUAUAACUAUGCAAGUGUUUAUUAAAAGAACACAAAAUAAAAAAGUUAUGGGAUUAAAAAA